AUGUCCGACAGCAGCUUUCGCGGGAUCACGCCCGUUACCGCUCGAUCCAGCAUGGUUCCCGAGUCUGUCACGCUUACCGAUGCGGCUGCUAGCCACUAUGGCGCCGUCCAUCGCAAGAUUCGGCUCCGUGUCGUCACAAGGCAUCCGUUACCAGAACUUCAUUUUCUCGCGCCCUUCGAUCCGCACGAUCCACAAUGCUUCGUCAAGCUGCAAUCUUUUGUUCAUGCUCAUAUGCUAGCGCGCUCUCAACGAACAGGUCGGACAGUGACGUUGCCUCCUCUCUUUAACGCAGAGGCACUUCAGUUCCAGAUGGACAACUUCGAGGUGCCCUUUGACGAUCCAGAGAUUCUCCGCGAUGGCGAUACGAUCGAGGUGCAUCUGGAUCGAUCGGUACCCGCCACAGAAGCAGCAGAAGCAGAGGCGACGGAAGAGCAUCCGGGAGCUGGCGAUGACAAUGACCAUGACGCGUACGAGCAUUGUUACGACGAAAAUCAGGACUCGGAUGCUUCCGAGCAGUACCCCGAGGACCCAGAAGAACGCGAUGCCAUUCUCGAGGCGACCCGUCUGGCUGCUUUGCUCCGUGCCGGCGUGCACAAUUUGAUUGAUGACGAUACCUACGACGUUGCUGCGCAGCAUAAAGCGCUCGACGAUCUGCCUCGUAUGCCCAACCCGUCUUCCCUGCCGCCGCGUCAAGCGCCAAAGCCCAACAAGAGCACGCCGUCAAAAAUAUCGAGAUCAUCAACGUCACGAACUUCGCCGGCUCUACCCUUACCACCGAUGCCAACGUUGCUUGGACAAGGCAUACUCCCGGCGGCGGCAGUGGCUGCUUUUGAAGCAAAGAGAAAUCAGAUGCAGGCGCUUCCUCAAUCGAAAGCUCAGAAGACUGUCGCGCCUGCGUCGAUCAGCAAACCUACUGCAGCAAGCACGAAGCGAUCUCCAACAUCAUCGUCAGACUCCUCCUCUUCCUCCAGCGAGGACAACACCGGCAGUGUUGGCAGCAGCAGCAGCAGCAGCAGCAGCUCCGACUCAGAUUCCGAUUCCAGCUCGGCCUCAACAGAUUCUUCUUCGGCCAGCGCUGAUUCGGACUCUGAGGCAAAGUCCGAUUCAUCUGACAGCUCUGAAGGCUCGUCUUCCUCUGACUCUGCGCCAUCAGAGAUCGAAUUUCAGUCAGAACGGUGCAGGACUGUCGCAGAAGAACAGGACACAGCCUCUGUCGAUACGGCGCGCUUAUCGUAUCCGCAUCCACCGGGGCAAGGCACGAACCGCACCAAGCGUCGCAAUCAGAUGAGGAGGAAGAAGCUGCAGCUCGCUCGUGAUGCAGAGAAUCUGCUGCAGUUUGAGCUAGCCAAGGACCGCGCCGCUCGACGAGAACGUGGCGAGGACGUUGCCAGUACCGACGCUGUUCACCAACCCCCAUUGUGGAUUGAGGAUCGAGAACCUAUGUUGCAGAUUAAGGGAGUUGGCCUCGCAGCUGCCAGUGCCUUGGAGGCUUUUGCUACCGCGCUAGGCGUGGGGAACAGGUUGCCUCCUGGAGACGGCAGCUUUGGUCUUGUUGAACCAUUGGGUGGUCCAAGUCAAAGCGCUCCGAGCUCCAUUAGCGAAGCACGGAAGGGCACGAAGAGGAAGCGCAACGAGGAAAGGGGUGACGCGGAGAAUGGAGAUGCUCCCGCACCCCCGCAGCCACCGCCGCCAAGGAUAAGGGUGGAGAAUAUGGAGCCUGGCCAAGCACCAUACGGCGGAGAGAUUCCGGCAGGCAUAUCGAUUCGCCACAUCGACUGCCAGACGUAUUACGACGAAGAGGUCGAGAAGCUCCAAGCCGAAGCUGAAGGCGAAGUAGCCUCACAGAGCCCAGCAGGAGGGAGGGAAGACGAUAGCAGCCAGCGUCAACGGAGCAAGGACAAGCGGAAAGGCCAAUAUCACCACGUGUAUCGCGAGGAAGGCCUUGGCCAAACCGAGGUUGGCCAGCUUGACUACGGUCUACCUGACAAGCAGCUCGACGAGGAGGCACCGCGCAAGAAGGUCAAAGUGGAACAGGACGAGCACAUCAGCGUCGGCUCCAUCAUUUCUGGGAAGCGCGAUGCUCUUCCUCUCGUGUCCGCAGCCUCUCCUGCUGCCGUUGCUGCUGCCGCCGACAUGGACGGCCCCAUCGAACCCUCCCUCGUCGAGAUCGGAUCCUACCAAGUCCACUUGGGCAGUCCCACUCGUCGCAAACAAGGCCCUAUAGACCCAGCAGUCACAUGGAUGAAAAUCUUGGGCGGUCCCAAACCCUCCAUCGUCAUCGGAAGGCACGUCACAGCGGCAAGCGAAGUCGCCUGGUCCGAUAUCCGUCCCGGUAUGGGUCUGCUGUGGAGAGAUCUCGCUCUGGACCCGGCCAAGUCGACCCCCGCUGUGAUGAACUUUGUCGGAGUGGUGGCUUCAAUUGGCCGGCAAGAUGGGGACGGGGGGGCUGCCCAUAGUGUUCAGGUGGACGUUGUAGGUCCGUUGGAGAAUGACGCUCAGAAAGACUGGGCUGACUAUGACGUGGACAAGCUGGAGUGGACGGACGAGACUAGGCCGGCACAGCUCUGGCUCAUUUACUGA